GGGGCCCUGCCCUGGCAGGGCUUGCACUGGGUGAUCUCCAGAGGUUCCCUCAACCCUGGUGCUGCUGCGGGAAGGGCUGAGCCGGUGCUGGGGCUGCGUCUUGCUCCCGGGGCACAGGAGGAAGCAGAAGUGCUGCUGCCCCAGCGCGGGGGGGCUGGAGGGGUUGAACCCUCGUUUCCUCUGUGUGGGCUCAGCGCUGGGAGCUGCUGGGGCUGGGGCUGUGUCCAGCGGGGCUGGGUGCGAUGGGGGACUGGAGCUCGCCCAUCAGCUCGCUGGGUGGGGAGGUGCUGGCCCGACUCUGCCAGCUCCUGGACAUCACUGGCUGCGGCUGGCGCAGGUUGGCUGAGGUGGCGGCGGUGGAGAAACGCUUCAGCGAGGAGGAGCUGGAGAUGUGCUCGCUGAAGGUGCUGGAGCCCCAUGGCAGCCCCGCACAGAGCCUCCUGCAGCUCCUGGCUGAGCGCAACUGCACCCUGCAGGACCUGCUGGGCUGCCUGGAGAGGAUGGGGCACAUGCAGGCCUGCCACGUCCUCAGCAGUGCCGUCCAGGAUACAAUCUGCAUUGUGGAGCAGCCGGAGUCGCAGGUGGUGGCAGAGGGGACACAUGUGUCCCUGAGCUGCCGGGCCGCCGGCUCACCGGGGCUCACGUACCAGUGGUUCUGCGGGAGGCAGGAGGUGCCUGGAGCCACGUCCCCAGAACUGGUGAUGGACACGGCUGCACUGCGGGGCCGUUCUGAGUGGUUCAUCUGCCGUGUGAACCGUGGGAAUGCCUUCACCUUCUCCCAGUGGGUGUGCGUCCAGGUGGAGAGGAGCAGCCUCCGUGCAGGUGGGCCCCGAGAGAGGGUCCCCAGACUGGAACCUGUGGGGCACCACUCGUUCCCAUCAGGAAUGGGGUGGCUCCCGCAGGACAUUGACUGCCAUGUUGCACCCCAGCUUUGGACCUUCUGGGGUUACGGUGCCCAUGGAGGAGUUGUAUUAUGGAAUGGUUUGGGUUGGAAGGGACCUUAAAGCUCCUCCAGCCCCAACCCCUGCCACGGGCAGGGACCCCUUCCACUGGAGCAGGUUGCUCCAAGCCCCUGUGUCCAACCUGGCCUUGAGCACUGCCAGGGAUGGGGCAGCCACAGCUUCUCUGGGCACCCUGUGCCAGCGCCUCAGCACCCUCACAGGGAAGAGCUUCUGCCUAAGAGUUAUCUCCGUCUCCCCUGGGGCAGGUUAAAGCCAUUCCCCUUGGCCUGUCCCUACAGGCCCUUGUCCAAAGCCCCUCUCCAGGUUUCCUUUAGGCACUGGAGCUGCUCUAAGGUCUCUCCUUAAGGAGCCUUCUCUUCUCCAGGCUGCCCCAGGCCAGCUCUCAGCCUGGCU